UCAUGUUUGCGCCUUGCCCUUGACUUCGGGAAACAAAAGACUUCUCCGAAGCAGGGGAGCAGCCGCCACCGCGCCGUCGCCGCGAGACCUUUCCUUCCCACGCUCCGAUGGCGAUCUCCCACCUCUCCCGCCGCCUUAUGAGCCCUACGGUGGCCGCCACGGUAAACUUCCCGAAGUCAUUCGCCCAUGGCCGCGACCCCUACAUCCUCCUCCACCCCUGCCGCCGCUUCUUCUCCACGUCCCCAGACCCCAGCCCCAACUCCACCGCCUCCGGGCCCUCGGACCCCAACCCGAGCGCGGCCUCCGCGCCCGCUUCGCCGGAUUCUAUGCGGCACCAGGAAAUCGAGGGCCCCACGGUGGAGCGCGACACGUCGCCGCUGGCAGACGAGACGCGGCGGGGGCUCGACGAGCUCUGCCGCACCGUGCAGCGCCUCAGCGCCUCGCUCGCUCUUCUCGGAGGGGCGCACCUCGCCGCCGGCGCGUGGAUCGCCUACGGUGCCCCGCCCGUCGGGGUCGAGUCGGCCGCAGCGGUGCAGGGCGUGGUGGCGUUCGCGUUCCCAUUCACGGUGGCCCUGGUGUUGCGCCGCGCCAUCAAACCCAUCACCUUCUUCCAGAAGAUGGAGGCCAACGCGAGGCUGCAGGUGCUCACGCUGUGCCUCCAGGCUACAAAGAACGUUAACCUCAUGCUGCUCCGGACGCGGGUGGUGGCCAUCUCUUGCGCUUUCGGGGUGUCUGUCGGGUCAGUUGCUGCGAUCUUGAUGCGGUAAGCUUAAGCUCAGAUCUCUGCGGGAAGGAUGGUUAGUAUCGGUAACUGAGGAAUAAGAGAGCACUGGUAUAGGCAAGUGACUUUGAACUCCGAAAUUUUUGUGCUUUUGGAUGUUGGAUUGUGAUUUUGGUGAUUGUACACGAGACUAAGGAGAUCAUAAUGUGAUUGUUUGAAAUGUUUCUAGUACAA